GGGGGGUCAAGAGAAAGCAUCAGAGGGCCGAGAGAGUGAACUGAUGGAGCUGAAUAUCCAGCUGAAAGAGCAGUUGGCAGAGGUGAAGGCCCAGCUGGCUAUAGAAAGAGGAGAGAGGGAGAAGGAGGAAGAGGUGAGGAAAUGUAAUUUAAAUUUUGUGAAGGUGAGAAAGAAGGACCUGAGCAUCAAACUGGCAGAACUAGAGGCAGAGUUGGAGGAGCUGAAGAGUCGUGGGAAAAAAGAUAAAGAAAAGAGACUUCCAGAGGCCAACUCCCCCCUGGCAUAUCUGACUUUCCAUGAUGCUGAGCAUAACUCCAGCACUGACACCUCGGACAACAAGCUCCUCUCCUCACCAGACCAGUAUCGCCUCUUUUGCGAGUCCACCAAUCAACACAACACAGCCGUCUCUCAGACAGCAGCAGAUAUCCAAGAAAAGAAAAUGGAGAAAGUUCCAGAAUGGCAAACCACCGUGGAGGGCCAGACAGGGAGCCUCGCCUUUGACCUGGAGGACACCACUCUUAAAAAGCAUUCAGGACUGUCUCACCUUUCAGGGGAACCUCAAAGGAGUAUUUCUCAACCUUGUGACCUGGACAAGGAGUUGAAGUGUCUGCGUGAAGAGAAUGCCAAAGAGGCUGAACGUGCCGAUCAGUGCCAGGCUAAACUAGAAGCUUUGCAGAAACAGGUGACUCGUGAGACUCAGCAACUUACCCUUGCCUUUGAAAGACAGAGCCAGCAUAUCACAGACCUACUAGCUGAGCUGCAGGAAAAGGAGAGUGCCCUCCUCAGCCAGGAAGGGGAACUGCAACACUGCAGGCAGGAGCUGGCCAUGCUCAGGGCUGAAAGUGAGAAGCAAGAGAAGAAAGGAAAAAAGAAGGAUAAAAGGAUGGCAGCUGGUGAGUUGGAGGACGUGGAGCAAGCUGAAAAGAAGCAGGAAUGUGAAAGAGGAGAGGAGAAGCCAGCAGAGGGUGGCUUUUAUGUCCAGUGUUACUGUUCAGAGAGGGCCACUAACAACGCUGUUACCAUAAACACACUGCCUAAAGCUGCCCCAACUGUCCCAAGAGACUUGGCUCAACCAAAGAUGUUAGCAUCUGCUGCUGAAAGGCAACUAGCCGCGAGCAACAGCCAAAAGGCCUCUGAAGAGCAAGCAGACACAGAAAAACUACAGUCGGUCGCACUGCCGCAAUGCUUCAGAGACUCGGACAAGAGCCAGAAUGACCAAGAUAAGGCUCAUUUGAUGCAAACAUCACACCCCAAAAUAACAUACCAAGACUCUGGUGAACACAGGCAAGAUAGUGGAACGGCACACUUGGUGGCAGAGCUGGUCUCUCUGCAACAGGAGAACCUACAGCUGAAACAAAGGGUUCAGGCCCUGACUGUCUUGGCCACUACAGAUCCAGUAAACAGGCCAGAACUUCAAGCUAUUAGUGAGACCCAAGAGAUAUCUGCUGAGCAAAACACAGACCCAGGAGAUGAAGGCACUCCAACCCGGUCAGAAGAGAGGGCAUGCUCCACCAACAGGCCCAACAAUAUCAUCACUGAGGAAUGGCAGUUGACACAGCAAGGUGGUGAGAAGAGUAAGGUUAUAAGAACAGAUGAAGACAGGGGGAUAGAGGCUGAAGAGGAGUCGCACACAGUCCAUAAGCUUCAGAUCAGCCUCCUAGAGCAACAGUUGGUGGCACUGCAGGCUGAACUUCAGGCUCUCUCUGAGGAGAACCAAAGACAGGCUGAAGAGCUGACUGUAUGGAGACUGGCUUCUCAACCAAUCCCAGCAUUUGACCAAAACCUCACCCAGACAUAUAACCAAUCUGAGAUCCAGGAUUGUACAUCUGCUCUCAGAUGCAUCCAGACCCCGUCAUUCCAGAAGCAGACUCAUUAUGUGACCUCUGACCUGUCAGAGACCCAGGCUACCCUCUCUACUUCUUGUACCCAGGCUCUGAAAUCAACACCUGGGCAUGGAGAGCAAGCAGCCCUGGAUGUCACUCAGAACUCCAGCACUGUGACAAUGGUCAGAGAAGAUGAGCUGAUUCUCUCCUGUUCUUCCAGUAGACUGCAUGGCCACAUACUUGCGACAAGACUGUUGCAGAACAACUUUCCGGAACCAAAGAGUCUCCUGUCUUCACGAAAGACCUCAGGACCUCAGGAUUUCAUUCAACAUACCGCCAUGGUCCACGAGGCUUUCAGUGAGGCUUUCAGUGAUGCCACCAAAGAUCCCCAUGCGGUUUCAAGGCCACAGACCAAAGACACCAAGCAUCCCAAAGGGGAACCAGCAGCCAUGCCGGAAGCUCCCAGAGCAACCAGUUCACUGUGCACAACUGUUGACUCUUCUGGGACAGAGCGCCAGGGCAUCCCAAGGAACGCUAGCACUCAGACAGAGGAACCUCCAAGCCCCCUCACUGCACCUGUACCUUGCAAACGCCAUGUCCACACCCAGGUGGAGGAGGAGGGAGAGGAUGAGGAAUUAGCAGACUCUCUCUCUGUCUCUCCUGUCUCACUACCCGUGGCUGCACGGUUUGGGGACAUGGCACUCUUUUCCGGUUCCUUCCCCAUCCCGGCUGACCCAGCCCGCCUGGCUGAACGCAUCCGCCGCAACCGCAGCCAGCUGUCGGCGGCCUUUGAUGACACUGAGUAUGAGCCCUACGGCUUGCCCGAGGUCGUCAUGAAAGGGUUUGCGGACAUUCCCAGCGGCCCCUCGUGUCCUUACAUUGUGAGGAGGGGUCUGUUAGGCACGGCGGCGGUGCCUCUCCCCAACAGCGAGACGACGCAGAAAGAGGAGACGGACUAGAAUACAGCCCCAGAGCUGGCGGAGGGUUCUGCUGGCCCUGUCCCGCCGUCGAUGGCACGACAGCGUCCUCAACAAAGGGAUUUUUCCAGUCAGCAGCAGACUCUUAACACUGGAGACGGAAUGACACCACGGCCCCUCCUCAAGUGCCUGCACUAACCCAGGGAACAUGGCCUACCUAUGUGCAUGUGACUAAGCACACGUAGGGAAUCGUCUCGCCUUGUUCCGUCUUCACUAUAGAACUUCUCCAUUUUGGACACUGGAUAGAACCCAAAAGAAGUACCUUAUGGCUGUUGAUUUGUCCUCUGAUGGCUGUAGGAAAAUUUUGCUGUUAUUUUAUGCAGCAUCAUGAAGGGAGGGAGAAGUGAUUCAGAGUUGUUGCUGAUGUCUUUCUAAGGUUAAUAACCACUUCUUUUUUUUUUUUCAAAGGGACUUAUUAGUUUUUUGUAGUGCCAGAAUAAGCCUUCAGGCGUUGUCCUCUUUAUACUUUGAAUGAAAUGGUGCCUAGUUUAUGAUUUAAGAGCUUACCAAGAUAGGUGAAAUUUGUUAUCCAAAAGGUUCAUGUCAAGAGAUGCCAGUUGGGGAGAACAAUUUUUUUUUUGUUUUUUUUUUUGGUACACACCUUAUUUAUGGACACUUGAAUGUGUUUGAUUGCAAUGCAAGCGUUCACGUUUACAUUCGUUUAGUGAAAAUAUGCUGCAUGUGUUUGAGAGAGGAGUUUGUGCGGCGAGAUGUCCUUAGACGUGUUGUCAUGUCAGCGUUACUGUUUGUACAUGUGCAGAAGAGAGAGAUGGGGCACACACACAAAGGAGACGGAGCGAGGGGGGAGCACGUGUGUAUGACUCAACCUAACCUGCAUUGGUUUCCAAUCCAUGUAUGGUGAACCUUUCUGUCCACGCUCGCUCCCCUUCUGUCUCCAUCCUCUCCUCCUCUGCUUUGCUGUUUAUCUCCUCCUCCUCCGCUAAUGAGUGCCCGUUCCCUGCUUCGCUCCCUAUCUCACUAAAACCCAGAAGUGUGAAACUUUAUUUUAUUACAGAGUGUAACCUAUUUUAAGAUUUGAUCAGAUAUAAUAUAUUUGACUGACUAAACUAAUGUCGUUUUGUAUUAUUGUCGGUAUAUUUUUUGGUUCGGCCGUGUUGACCUUGACCAUUUUGUUGUGCAGUGCCACUUUUUUUUUUUUUUUUAGAACAAUUUCCCCGUAACAGAGCAGUUUUGUAGCAAAGCCGUCUAACGGGGUGGCCUACCUAAGACCAGUGCUGUGCUACAGGACCUCGACUUGUAUCAGUUAGAGCCUUGUAGGCCUGUGUUUUGUGAAACUUGCAUUUUAAGCAUUUUUUUUUAACCUGCACACUACCGGGUCUUCGAGCCGUACGAGGCCUCUUCGAGCUCGCUUUGGCCGAAUGUCAGACCCUGUUUACAGUUGGUUGUAAAAUGUGUUUUGGGCGACGGGAUCACAAGUGGACAGCGAGACACAUCGCCAUUUACACCGGUGUCUAUCACGCGUCUCCAAAUGCGUCCUGCUGACCACUUGUGAUCAGAUUUCCUGUUACAUCCUUGUCGGGGACACAUCAGGACACGUUAGCGUUUACACUACAAAAGAUGUGUGGUCAAAUGCGUCCGGGACCACCUCGGCAAGUGGUUUGAGUAACUGGUUUGCGAAACGUUUUGGUGGUUGUUUACACUUGUAUUUAGCGAUGUCCACUUGUGAGCCGGUCGCAAAAAAAAAAAAGCAUUUUAAAGCCAAGUGUAAAUGGGGUCUUGGUGAGCUGUUAUUUUUUGUAGCGUGGAAUUAUUUUAAUUUCUUAAAACUGAAUAUAGUAGAUGGAGAUAGCCUCGUCCACUUAAGUGUUGAGGUUUUACAGAGCGUAGCAAGUAGUUGCUGAAAUUACUUGACGCUUGAGCACCCCCCCCCCACUUUCCCCCCCUCUUUAACUGCCCUCAUAUCGCUGGGAUCUGUAGUCCCUCGCGGAGGCCGGUCAGACGAUUGGGAUGAGAAAAGCUUCGGGGAUCUCUCACCUUGUUUUGCUUUCAUGUGACUGCAUCUCUGUUUUACUUCGUGUUGGUGGGUAGAAUAAAAAAAAAAAAG